UCCCUGCAGACAGAAAUGGCCUCUGCCUGUGCUUCAUCAGCCAUUGCUGCUGUUGCCUUCUCCUCCCCAAGCUCACAGAAAAAUGGAUCAAUUGUGGGAGCAACUAAGGCCUCUUUCUUUGGAGGAAGAAAGUUGAGAGUAAGCAAGCUUACAGCACCUUCGAGCAAGAGAUCAGUGGCUGUCUGCGCAGCAGCUGAUCCCGACAGACCUUUGUGGUUCCCCGGGAGCACCCCUCCCCCAUGGCUCGAUGGCAGCCUUCCUGGAGACUUUGGCUUCGACCCUCUCGGCCUAGCGUCUGACCCGGAGAGCUUGAAAUGGAACCAGCAGGCGGAGAUCGUUCACUGCAGAUGGGCCAUGCUGGGCGCUGCCGGUAUUUUCAUCCCUGAGUUACUUACCAAGCUCGGCAUUCUCAACACCCCUUCGUGGUACACUGCCGGUGAACAAGAGUACUUCACCGACACAACGACACUCUUUGUUGUCGAGUUGGUUCUCAUUGGCUGGGCCGAGGGAAGAAGAUGGGCAGACAUCAUCAAGCCCGGAUCUGUCAACACUGAUCCCAUAUUCCCCAACAACAAGCUUACUGGAACCGACGUUGGCUACCCCGGUGGGCUGUGGUUCGACCCGCUCGGAUGGGGCUCCGGAUCACCAGAAAAACUGAAGGAGUUGAGAACAAAGGAAAUCAAGAAUGGAAGGCUGGCAAUGUUGGCAGUCAUGGGAGCAUGGUUCCAACAUAUCUACACUGGAACAGGACCCAUCGAUAACCUCUUUGCUCACCUUGCCGAUCCUGGCCAUGCCACCAUAUUUUCUGCUUUCAGCCCUAAGUAAGAGAAGCAACAAAGUCGAUAGCACAAGUGUGGGGCGUACAGCAGCAACCAAUCAUGGAGGGAAGAAGAUAUUCUCACUUUGUUUUUCCAAUUAAUGUUGCAUUGUUUAGAUGUGUACUGCUACAUCCUUAUGUGUGUAGAGAAGAGCUUAAGCCAUGUACAAAUGCCUCCAAGAGAUCUUAAAUCCACAUCAUGUCCAUAAA